AUGGCAAAGAACGCCCCCCUCGGCCUGGUCGGCCUCGUCCUCAUGGGCGUAUCGCUGCUCUUCCUCUUCUUCAUCAUCCUUGCCGGCGUCACCACCGUCACGCCCUUCGGCAAGACCUACUUCCUCCAGGCCGACACGUCGGGCAUUGACGGCGCCCGCAGCGUCUCGCAGUGGACCUACUUUUACGUCUGCGGCGAGGGCAACACCGACUGCGGCAAGGCCAAGGCCGCCCUCCCCCUCGGCUACGCCUGGAACAGUGACGCCUCCAACGUCCCCGCGGGCAUCGCCGGCUCUCACUCGGGCUCCAACAACAAGUUCUACCUGCUCUCCCGCUUCGGUUGGGUCUUCCUCAUCCUCGCCCUCUUCUUUGGCACCCUCACCUUCUUCAGCAGCUUCCUCGCCUGCUGCGGUCGUCUGGGCUCCGCCAUUGCCACCUUUGUCAGCUUCUUUGCUCUGCUCUGCCACGCUGUCGCCUCGUCGCUUCUCACCGCCACCUACGCCCUUGCUCAGAAGAAGUUCUCUGCUGACAACCGUGAAUCUCACCUCGGCCGUUACGGUUUUGGUUUCCUCUGGGGCUCCUUUGCCGCGCUGCUGAUUUCCGUCGCCGUCUUCUCGGCCGGCAUCAAGAAGGACCGCGCCAACGCCACCGGCGGUGGUGGUGGUGGUCGCGGUGCCCGCUUCUGGCGCCGCAAGAGCAACCGCAGCUACGAGGGCCGCCGUGUCAAGGACGACUACAGCUAA